CCUGCUCUCUCAGAAGGGAAGUAGCGACAGGCUAGCCAGCUAGCUGCCCUCUCACCGCCUCCCCUGGGCGACUUCAGUGAACCUCUUAGCCUUUUAGAAUCCCGCAUAUUCCCCUGUUUUACUCUAAGUAGGCCGUCCGAGUCGCUUUUGUCUUUCACGUUGUCGUUUUCGAAGGCGUGAAGUGAGCGUCGCCCGCCGUGUGUUAGCUUCACAUCCCUCAAGGAAGCUGGAAAAGUACACCUUGGUUUGUUCUGUUCCGUUGGGGAUAUACUUGAGGUUUCCACUGGGACCAUGCGGAAAACGGCGAUGAAAGGUGCGGUGUGGUGAGUGGGAGGCCUGUGGGUGCGGAAUGCUGUGGCAACUCCCCCUGACCCAGGAUGAGUGUCAGAGAUGGUGGUGCCGCUGUGGCAACCAAUGCAGGUGGAGGAGGGGGAGGUGUGCCAGCUAACACAAACGAUCAAGAUGGCCGCUCAUACCUGCUCCAGAUUUAUCCACGGCUGCCUGCCAAGUCAUCCACAUGCUGCAGCCUUCGGGUGCAGAAGGAUGCUACAGCAGCAUCUGUGAUCUCAGACGCUGCUUCGGAACUGGGGCUGGACCCUGGUCGCCUAUAUGUUUUGGCAGAGGUGAAGGAAUGUGGCGGGGAGGAGUGGGUGCUGGAGGCCGGUGACAUGCCAGUCCAAAGGUUCCUGCUGUGGCCUCGAAAAGCCCAGGAGCAGCACCCUCAAAGCCUGGGCUUCUAUUUUCUACUGCAGGAGCAGAAUAGUGACGGCACGAUCCAUUAUGUUCACCUCCCAACUCUGACCAAGGAACAGCAGGUGCAGCGGCUGGCAGCGAGGGGCUUCCUCCCUCCUCCGCAAGAUGACUUUGCAGACCUUUGCAACCUCCCCGUCCUCAAUGAGGACAGCAUACUCAGCAAUCUGCGCACUCGCUUCUACAAGAAGAAAAUCUACACGUAUGCCGGAAGCAUACUCAUUGCUGUUAACCCCUUUAAGUUUUUGCCCAUCUACAACCCAAAGUAUGUCAAGAUGUACGAGAACCACCAGCUGGGCAAACUGGAGCCCCAUAUCUUUGCAAUCGCAGAUGUAGCCUACUAUGCCAUGCUCAGGAAAAAGGUCAACCAGUGCAUUGUCAUCUCUGGAGAGAGUGGCUCGGGGAAGACGCAGAGCACCAACUUUCUCAUCCACUGUUUGACUGCACUCAGCCAGAAAGGCUAUGCCAGCGGUGUGGAGAGGACCAUACUUGGGGCAGGACCAGUUUUGGAGGCUUUUGGGAACGCCAAGACAGCUCACAAUAACAACUCCAGUCGCUUUGGAAAGUUCAUCCAGGUGAAUUAUCUGGAGACAGGUGUGGUCAGGGGCGCUGUUGUGGAGAAAUAUCUCCUGGAGAAGUCUCGAUUGGUCUCCAGAGAGAAGAAUGAGAGGAACUACCACGUGUUUUACUACCUGCUGUUGGGAGCUUCGGUGGAAGAAAGGAAGGAGUUCAAGUUGCUGUCACCUGAAGACUACUUCUACCUCAAACAGGUACUUUGGUUGUUCAACACCCAUAACCCCAGAUUCCUGUCACCGUCCUUCUAUGUUACAGAAAUCGUAUUUUUGUGUGACAGAUGGCUUCUUUAUUUUUCAUUCUCUUUUUUUAAGCAAAACUUUAAGAUAGAAGAUGAGGAGGACCUACAUCAUGAUUUUGAAAGACUCCAGCAGGCUAUGGAGAUGGUUGGCUUCCUUCCAGCUACAAAGAAACAGAUUUUCUCUGUGCUUUCUGCCAUUUUAUAUCUUGGCAACGUGACCUACACUACCAAGUCGUCGGGCCGAGAUGAAGGGUUGGAUGUGGGACCCCCAGAGGUCUUAGCUACUCUCUCAAACCUGCUAAAGGUUAAAGAAGAGCUGCUGGUUGAAGCGCUGACUAAGAGGAAAACAGUGACAGUCAAUGACAAGCUCAUCCUGCCCUACAGCCACUCAGAGGCAAUCACAGCCAGAGACUCCAUGGCCAAGUCUCUCUACAGCGCACUUUUUGACUGGAUCGUUCUCCGCAUCAAUCAUGCUCUGCUCAACAAGCGAGACAUGGCAGAGUCUGUCCGAUGCUUGUCCAUUGGUGUCCUUGACAUUUUCGGCUUUGAGGAUUUCGCCACCAACAGUUUUGAACAGUUCUGCAUCAACUAUGCAAACGAACAGCUGCAGUAUUACUUCAACCAUCACAUCUUCAAUCUGGAACAGGAGGAAUACCAAGCUGAGGGAAUCACGUGGCACAACAUUGACUAUACAGACAACGUCGGUUGCAUCCACCUCAUCAGCAAGAAGCCAACUGGUCUGCUCUAUCUGUUGGACGAGGAGAGCAAUUUUCCCCAUGCAACUGAUGAGACCUUGCUCGCCAAGUUCAAGCAGCAGCACCAGGGAAACAAAUACUUUGUCCCGACAGCAGUCAUGGAGCCAGCGUUCGUGAUUCAACACUUUGCUGGCAGAGUCAAAUAUCAGAUCAAGGACUUCCGGGAGAAAAACACAGACCACAUGCGUCCUGAUAUCGUUGCACUAUUGCGGAGCAGCGAUCGUGCCUUUGUGCGGCAGCUAAUCGGCAUGGAUCCAGUUGCCAUGUUCCGAUGGGGAAUUCUGAGAGCAACUAUCAGAGGUUUGGCUGCUUUCAAUGAGGCUGGCCGCUCCUGGGCUGCCAAAACUUCAGGUGUCAUCCGUCCAAUCUCCAGAAUUCCUUUAGGAGAACUCCAACGCUCCAACACUCCAAUAGAAAGGAUGUACAAAGACAUGCAUGCGCAGAUUAUCAGCUCCAUUAAGAACUUGCAGCUGGAUGGUGAGGACCCCCGCAAACUUCUGCAGUCCUGGGGUCGCCUCCGCUUCCCUCGACAUGUUCUCCAGAAAAGCAAGAGUACAAAACAGAAGCAGAUCAUCCCCAAGAAUCUGUUGGACUCUCGCUCUCUCAAGUUCAUUGUAAGUCUAACAUUACAUGACCGCACCACCAAGUCUCUCCUCCAUCUGCACAAGAAGAAGAAGCCUCCCAGCAUCAGUGCCCAGUUUCAGACCUCCCUGACCAAACUCUUGGAAACUCUAAAUAGAGCCGAGCCUUUCUUCAUCCGGUGUAUCCGUUCCAAUGCUGAGAAGAAGGAGAUGCUCCUUGAUGAAGCCUUAGUGGUGCAGCAGCUGAGAUAUACUGGGAUGCUAGAAACUGUCCGCAUCCGGAGGUCGGGCUAUGGAGCCAAAUACACAUUCCAGGAAUUCUUGGAGCAAUUCAGGGUUUUACUGCCAAAGAACUCCACUGCAUCAAAGGAGGACAUUUCGAAACUGCUGGAUAAGAGAAUGGGUCUGGACCCCACCACUUACCAGAUUGGUAAAACUAAGGUGUUUCUGAAGGAGUUGGAGCGACAGAAGCUGCAGGACACACUGCACAAGGACGUCAUGCGGAAGAUCAUCUUCCUCCAGCGCUGGUUCAAAGCUCGACUCCAGCGGAAAGAAUUCCUGGACAUGAGACAGGCAGCCAUUGUGAUUCAGCGGUCAUGGCGGAGGUACUGCAUGGAAGAACAAAAGCGCAGUGCAGCCACUGUAAUCCAGGCUCUCUGGAGAGGCUACAGACAGAGAAACUUGUAUCAUCGACAACGAUCUGGCGCCACCAAAAUACAAGCCCUGGUCAGAGGACACUCUGCACGAAGGAGGUGUCACUCCAUCCGUGAGAUGAAACAAAAGGAGGAAGAAGAACUAAAAGCGAGGCUGAAGGCAGAAGAGGAGGAAAGAAUAAGAAGAGAGGAGGAGGAAGCAAGGAAGAGGAUGGAGGAGGAAGAAGAGCUAAGAAGACAGGCAGAAGAGGCGGAAAAGAGACGAGCAGAUGAGGAAGCUGCUAGAAAAGAGCUGGAAGCUGAGGCCGAGAGGAAAGCAGCAGCAGCAGAGGAAAAGAGAAAACUGGAGGAAGAGACUAGAGUUACAGAGGAGCCACAAACACGAGAGGAUGUGGAUAUAGAGUUGGUCACUGAGGAAACCUUGGAGGAAAAAGUCCCUGUUCAGCCCAUAGUGGAGGUCAAAAGAGAGACCGAUGGAGACAUUGAUACAUCCGUGUACGCUGAAGGAGAUCAGGGCGGGGAUGAGGAAGACUGGCCACAUGAAGCAGAGGAACAGGUCAAUGGUGAGCCAUCUGAUGUGGAGACUAGCGGUACUCUGGCUGAGGCUGGACCUCAGAAGAACAUGGAAGAAAUGGAGGAGCAUAUAGAGAGCCAAACAGGACACACAGAUAGUCAAAGUGAUCUUCCUUGUGAUGCUUCUGUCUCUAAAGAACUUGAAUCUAACUUGCCCACUCAGGUGUCAGAUAUGAAUCGGGCCACAGACUCGGCACAUUCAGAGCACAAAAGAGUCCGGCCCCAGAACAAGGGCCAAAUUUCCCGUAGUCAGGAGAAGAGAGAGCAGCGGCGAAAGAGAGGCCUGGAGCACAAUCAGAGAGAGACCGAACGAGCCGCCGCCACAGUCUCAUCUACCUCCAGCACAAGUAAAGCUCAAGUGUCCCCACCCAAGACAAAAAGCCAGGACCACCCCAAGCAAAAAGAGCGAACUGAUAGCAAGGAGUUGGACCAGUACACCUUUGUUGCCUGGAAAAUGAAAGAGGACAAAGGUGAAAAGAAAGAGGCCAAAGCUUCCUCUGCUGUUCGUCCGACAACACUGUCUUUGCAGCCUGUUGAACCUUUGCUUGAGAAAAAUGGUUUAGGGGACAAUGCUGGAGCUGUGAGCCUGCAGCGACGUCCAGGAGCCAUCAAGGAGAAACCGGAAAAAUGGAGGGCGAGAAGGAGUGACGGGGAAUCUGAAAGCACCAGCCCACCGUCGUCUCUAAAAGAGGAUACCAGGAAGAAGCAUCCACUGACCACUUCCUCUUCAGUGGACAGUUUGUCUCCUCGCUCAGAGGGAGCUAGUGCCUUAUCAUGCAAAGAGUUGGUUCCCUCCCCUGAAGGUCUGGCAGAAGGUCACUGGGGAGGCUCUUUUAGGAGAAGAAGCACAGAAAGCUUUGGUCAGCAGGACUCUGCGCACUCUUUUCCGUCCACGCCAGACAGGCCGGGUGGUUUUUUCAGUAAGAUCUUGAAGAAGCGACCACACAAAGAGGCUCAGACACCAGACAAUGGAGAGGUGACAUUCGCACAAACGCUCAGUGAAAGGCCACCAGGCUGCGAUGCGACAGGGUAUCCUUCUCGACCCCUUUCCAAAAGCCACAGUGACCACUCUCUCAAAAGCUUGGGUCGAAACCCCACUAUCAAGAUCAGCCGAGCUACUCGGGUCUCCAAGCAGUGGAACGCGUCGCUGGAUCGAGAGAUCACCAACGCUAAUGAGCUGCGACAUCUUGACGAGUUUCUUGGCAACCAGGUCAAUGAUUUCCGCUCCAGAGGGAAGUCACUGUCGGCCACAGAGGCCAUUUUCAUGACAGCCACCAUGCAGUUCAGAGAGACAAUCAAAGCCAUGUAUUCUCUGCCAAAACCCACAAUAGGAUACAAAGAUUUGAUGGCCAGCUACCAGAACAAGGUGAUCAACCUGGCGGGGAACUCACAGAAAGAUGAAGUGCAGCUUGUGGUGAACCUGUUCCAGUCGGUGCUGGACGGCUUCAUCAGAGGAGAGAUGAAGAAGGAGGAGGUGGAGCCUGCCAAGCCUGCAAAAACGAGGAAGAAGAGACGAAGCAAGGACAAAAGCAUGGAGAGUCCCCUGGACCACGUGUUCGUCCACUAUCAGGUCAACAUCAUGCAGUCAUGUGACCAGUGUUCCUCCUACAUCUGGGGCAUGGAGAAGGCCUAUAUGUGCAAUUAUUGUAAAAUGGUUUGCCACAAGAAGUGCCUCUGCAAAAUAGUGACUGACUGCUCCACCUUCAGUGCCAAACGGUUUGACGAGGAGUCAGGGGGUCAGCACUUCGGGGUCCGAGUGUGUCACCUGGUGAACGACAAGAGUCCAGUCCCCAUGGUUCUUGAGAUGAUGCUGGAGCAUGUGGAGAUGCAUGGACUCUACACCGAAGGCAUCUACCGCAAGUCGGGCUCAGCCAACCGCAUGAAGGAGCUGCACCAGCGACUGGAGUCCGACCCAAAUGUGGUGUGCCUUGAAGACUAUCCCAUCCACACGGUGACAGGCCUGGUUAAACAGUGGCUCAGAGAGCUGCCGGACCCUUUGAUGACCUUUACACAUUACAAUGACUUCCUACAUGCAGUAGAACUGCCAGAGAAGCAGGAGCAGCUCUACGCCAUCUACAAAGUUUUAGAGGAGCUUCCUGCUGCUAAUUUUAACACCCUGGAGAGGCUCGUCUUUCACCUUGUCAGGGUUUGUAAAGAAGAGGCUUCCAACCGCAUGUCACCAAAUUCUCUGGCCAUCGUGUUCGCGCCAUGUAUUCUGCGCUGCCCGGACGGUGCUGACCCACUUCUCAGCAUGAAAGACGUGGCCAAGACCACCACGUGUGUGGAGAUGAUCAUAAGCGAGCAGAUCAGACGGUACAAUGAAAAGAUGGAGGAAAUCGAGCAGCUCGAGUACGCCGAAACGCUGGCCGUGAACCAGCUAAAACUGAAGAGGCAAAACACGCACUUCUGGCAUUUACCUCUCAGGUUCUCAGCUCCUUACAAAGGAGUCGUGAUGCACGAGAAGGUGUGCUCUGAUCUUAAAGUGGUUCCUGAGAACGAGGCGCUGGACUCCGACACUGAGGCCGAGAAGAAUCUGGUGGAGAGGAUCAAGUCCAUCAAGCAGGAGAAAGAGGAUCUCGCCUGUCGACUUCCAGAUAUGGAGCAGCCCGGUUCAGACCAGGAGAACCUGGAUUCAGAAGCCUCUCUGAGCUCAGAGAGUCUCCUGGAUGAGCAGCGGGCUUCAGCCCUGUGCUCAGAACAGGACGGACUCUGUGGCCCUCACACGAGAAGAUACAGACCUGCCUGUCCACCUAAACCACCCGACCUGUCGCUGCGACUGAAAGUCCCUGGUGGACGUGUCAGCAAGCCCAACCCGACCCCUACCAGCUGCCCUUCUUCAUCCUCAGAAACGCUCAACUCUUCCCUCAGGAACCCUCUCCAGCGUCGCAAUCCUGUCAUCCCAAACACCGUGAAGCUCCCAUCGGGGGUCGUGCCUGAGUCUCCAGGCUCAAGUAGCGCUCAGACCUGCUCGCCGCCCACACGUCGAACUUUGAUAAACUUAUUGAGGAGACGAGAGCAACAAGGGCGCUGCAGUGACAACACUCAGUCAGUGUAUAUAGACAGUCCUGAGAGUGAGUCCAUGUUGAGUUUGUCCUCUUGCUCCACCACUUCAUCCUCCUGCUCCGUCGCCAUGGUAACGCCCUCAUCUCAGGAUGCGCACUCGCAACCUUGCAGACGUUUCUCUGACCCAGACAUACCUUACAUGGAUGCAGAAGCUUGACCAGGAGCAAGAAGACGGUGAUGCCUUUCCUGCGAGGAAACUGAUCUGAUCUGAGACUGAUCUGUUUGCUGGAACUGCAAAUAUUUGAUGUGUAUGACAUUAAAAAGCUGGACAAGAUGUUGCCAAGCACCUUUUCUAUCAUUUUAAAAUAUGAUUUCCAGUUUGGAGGUCGACUUGACUCGGACCUAACGGAACAGUAGAUUAUUUUUUAUGCAUUUAUAGUUCAAGGAAGUAUUGCAGGUUCCAGAUGCACUUUUCUACGUCCAAGUUGUCCCUAAUGAACCGGUGACACCAACUUGCUCAAAGAAUUCUUUUUACAGCUUUGGCUCGUGCCUUCACGUGUGACUGUUUUGAGCAAAACUGUUUGUCCUGUUCUUGGUUAAUAGUGGGGAGGUUUCCAGUUGAACGUCCUCCACAACUUUCCAUGUUGACCUUUGACUUGCUGCACAGCCCUCAGAUUCUCAUCGCAAAGGGAAGCAAGAGUCGCACGCGCCACUUUUCCUUUGUAUCAAUAGAAACUGUAAACACAGCCACAUUAUCAGACUGUGCCAAGACGUGUAAACUCCUCACCCCAAUUUGUUGUCACUUAAUGGACCCUCUGCUCUGGUCCGGUCUCUGCUCAAGUCCAGCUGUGGUCUCCUUUGAUUUACUUGUAGUACUAAUGUUUCUUUCCGACUGCUGUUGAAUGAUGUCCAACUGGGUGGUGAUGAUGGUGUUGUGUGUUACAGAGUGGUUGGGAGUGAAUGACGUGAACUGUUAGUAUUAACAUGAAAAUACAGAUUGUGAUGCUUG